CCCCCCCCCGCACCCAAGGGUGCCGGCCCAACCCUGGGCACAGUCCGUUCGUUGUCCUUGCACUGCCCAUGGCGAUGACGUUGGAUCCCGGGAAAGAAGAAAACAGGGAGGAGGAGGAAGGAGAGGAGGAGGAGGAGGAGGAGGAGGCGAAGGGUGUGCACCAGGUGGUGCAGGGUGGGAUGAGGGCUCAGAACCCCGAUGCCGCCGCCAGGGAUGUGGGCGCUGGGGGUGCUGGGGCUGGCGCUGAGCUGCCGGGGCGCAGGUGCUUUCGUCAUGCACGUGGCCAGCUCCUGCCCGCUGGCGGCCAACGGCUCCGAGCAGGGCUUCAACUUCACCCUGGCCUUCAACAAGAUCCAGCUGGUGUGCUACGAGCCCCACGUUCGCUUGUUCUACCCGUGCCACAGGGGGCUGCUGCAAGGCGUCGCCACUGUCCUGGCCGUCCUCCUCAACAACAGCUCCUGGGCGCAGCGCGCCGAGGCUCGGCGCCAGGCCUGCCGCGACCUGGCCCCCCGCUACUGGGCUCAGACGGCGCUGCGGCGGAGUGAGCCCCGGGGCGCGGCGCACGGGGACGGCGCACGGGGCGGGACGUUGCACGGGGACGUUGCACGGGGACGUUGCAGGGGAACAUUGCACGGGG